AUGAGAGGAUUCAUUGUUUUACUUAUGCUCAGUGCUAUCUACGGAUUUAUAGAGCAGUACAAGCCAAAUGCUCCGAUAAUUGUGGUUAAGGAGCUGAAGAACGCCACGGUGACUCUUUCGGAUGUCAAGGUGUAUCUCAGAUCGAACGAAAAUGAAAAAUGGGCAGAGCCCAAAGACUAUUUCAACAGGAUGGAUAAUGACAGUACAUACUCCUCCUCAGACUACCACAGAGAAAUUAGAGCAGAAAUGAGUGUCUUUGAGUCGCCCACGAGAGAGUGGAAGUCCUUGACAAAAGUAGGCGUUGACGCAUACACUUCUAAAAACACGCAGCAAGGCCACAAAGUAAAUUUUUUGUGGACUUCCACCAAUGAGAACUACUACAUGUUCCUGUUCAGAGUGUUUUUGGAUCCAAAUCCUGGCGUAGAGGUGGGAAUUGACGUGGUGACCUACGAGGGAAGGCCUGAAGACCCAAGCAUCUACUCGCACACAGACUCGCAGAUAAGAAAUAAGGAGAAGAGAAUAGCAGAGUGCAUCAAUGUAUCAAAAGAAAUACUCGAUCUGCAGGACCUGGACAAAACAGACGAGCAGAAAUACAAGAAACUUACGGACGGAAUAUUCCAGGUGAUUUUGCUGGCUGUGUUUUUAAAGAUAGGAGUUUUUAUUGGAUCGUUCUUGUUUAUCAACAGAAAAAUUCAGCAGUUUUAUAUUGAUAAGAAGAUUGUUGUUAAAAGCUAA